AAAUACACUACAUUUGUGAAAAUGUUUGCAUCUAGUGGCAGCUCAGCCUUCCUACAUUAAGUUUUGAUCUAUCUUACAUGUAAUUUGAGAUAUGUUUUUGUCACAUACAAUACAAUGUGGAACAUAUCAUGAUGAAACAUUGUGAAACAAAAGCAUAUAUUAGAAAUGACACUGAUCCCACUGUUGCGGUUUUAUUCUAAUGUUAAAGUUCAAACCCUUGUUAUUUUAUAUGAAGGGCUGUUGUCUGUUUCAAAGGGAAGUGGAUUUACUUUGAUGUAUGUUUUUUUCUCUUUGGGAUUUUAUUAACAAUGUAGCCUGCAUCAUAGAAGAGAGUCUGAUUCUGAAGUUGGAGACAAAGACACUGACCGCCGUCUCAGUACAUCCACCUUUAUGAACACAGUCUUUACAGAAGCUGGUACAGACAUGCAUGACUCCUAACACACGAUGGAGGAAAAGACUUAAUUUGUAGAAGUAAUGCCAGACAUAUGUGUACUGUGCUGAUUCCACAAAUAAGGAAUUGGAAUAAAGGGAAUGUAUUUAGCACUACAAUAAGUAUUAGCAAAAAAAUGAGUUAAGAGUUUUGAUCCUCUGCGUAAUAUUUUCAAAGAUGGAAUUUACUAAUUCUAGUCCUGCUCAAGAGAGGUUUAUUUUCUACUGGGAUGUAUGAAUAGUCAUUUUCAUGCAUUGAUCUUUAGCUGUUUCUCCACAAUGGGUCCAUAUGAGCAUCUCCUUGCGGGUCCACUGCCUUGCCUUAUAAAGGAGACUACAAAUUGAUUUACUGUUAUUUAUUAAAACACAAAGUAAAUCAUGAAAUACUGUGUUGUCUUACUGAGGUACGUCCUCACAAGUGUUGGUAUUCAGCAAACCAAAGAGGAAUCUAACAAGCGCCUGUGAAAUAACAGUGAGCAAGACAACGGUACAGUUGUUGAGGUUAAACCCAAUGUAAUGUCUGGUUACCUUUUGGGGUUGACAAACCGAUUGAUAGUGUGCCUCAUUAUUAUAAAAUGUAAACCUAUGUAGCCUACAUUGUUUAACUGGGUCUCUGGAUAAAUUAUAUUUACUUAAAGGCUAACAGAUUUUUGUCUGUUUGGAUGAUAGGAAGUUUACCCAUCUUUAUAUACCAACAGCAUUACUGAUUAGUGUGUAAUUCGGCCACACUCUCCUUAGCUUGCCAUUCAUACGAUUCAGUGGAGUUUCUUGAUGCUAAAAGAAGAGGAGGGGCUCUUUCUCUCCAGUCUUGCACCUCACACUGUGAGAUAUUCAGUUCCAAGGCUCCCUACACCAGUCACUCUACUAAUUAACAGCCUCUGACAGUGCGAUUGCCAGCGGAAGCCGGAGUAUCAGCCUGACUGCCACACUAUUUUUUUUUAUUGUACGGUGAGAGGUGAUUAUAUUGUGUUCUCGGUGCUGCAAGCAUUUUUUUUUACCGGAACGGACACUUCGCAAGCCGGUGUGGUUUUAGGUGCACUGGGUGUCAGAGAGAGUAGCAUCCAUCCAACCUCACUGCGCACGGAUUUCAUUGACUGAUUUCUGCCAUGCAUCCGCAUUGGGGGAUUAUGGGUCAUACAGCCUAUAGGCUUGUUAUUUCCUUGUGCUUUGAUGUAUGAUCAUUACACCAUGUUCUUUUCUGAUUCAUCAGACAUAUAAAAAACAUCUUACUCCUGGCAGCUGCACGCAUUACCUGUGUCGGUCUCCCAUCUUCACUGACAUCUCAGCAUGCAUGCAAGCUGUGUUUUGUAGUUUUUUUUUCUCCUUUUUGCAAGGCAUCACCAUCAUCCCCACGGAAAUGCCUCUCCAAUGCUGGCUGCUGACAUCCCGCCAGCCGUCUUAAAACCCGUCAGGAUCGCCGGGUGAACCGACAUGGAUAGUGGGAGCCAGGCUGCGACGGUCGGGGACGGUGCAGCCAAUUUCACAGCAGCCCACCUCUGGCUGGAUCUUCUUAAUGCUUCGAGCACGGCGACGCGGUGGGACAGCAGCCCACCUGCCGAGGGGACCGGGCUGGAUCAGCAGCAGCGCCUCAUCCGAGAGCAAGCCUACCGGGACUUCACCACCACCAUCCAGGUUUUCAUCCUCAUAGGUUCGCUACUCGGAAAUGCCACUGUGUUGUGGUGCACCUGCUGCACGAAUGUCUUUAAGUCUGCGACCAACCGAUUCAUCAAGAACCUGGCGUGCUCGGGUAUCUGCGCCGGCCUGGUGUGCGUUCCCUUCGACAUGGCGCUUGGAGCCAGCCCUCGCUGCUGCUGGUGGCUUCACACUCUGCUGCUCUGCAAGGCCAUCAAGUUCCUCCAUAAGCUAUUCUGCUCGGUCACUGUGCUCAGUUUCAGUGCCAUCGCACUCGACAGAUAUUACUCUGUGCUGUACCCGUUAGAGAGGAAGAUCUCAGAUGCAAGAUCCCGAGAUCUGGUCAUCUAUAUCUGGGUCCACGCAACGGUGGUGAGCCUUCCUGUGUUCGCUGUGACCAAUGUGACGGAUGUGUAUGUCACCUCGUCCUGCUCCGAUGACCACGCCCGCUCCCUGGGCCACACGGUGUAUGUGUUGAUCUACAACGUCACCACAGUGAUCCUCCCGCUUGCUCUGGUCUUCCUCUUCAUGCUGCUGAUCCGCAGAGCGCUCAGUACCAGCCAGAAGAAGAAGGUGAUAAUCGCGGCUCUGCGGACUCCCCAGAACAGUAUCUCCAUCCCGUAUGUGUCCCAGAGAGAAGCUGAGCUACACGCCACUCUGCUGGCUGUGGUGCUGGCUUUCUCAGCCUGCAGCGCCCCCUAUGGGGCCUUGGUGGUUUAUCGCACCGUUUUGUCAGACGCUAAAGAGCUACCCAUCUCACUGUAUCUGACAGCCCUCUGGCUACCCAAGGUGUCCCUGCUCACCAACCCACUCUUGUUUCUGACUGUUAACCGCUCAGUGCGUCAUAGCUGGCUGGACUUGCUGGCCAGGAUUCACAGACGUUACAGCCGCCGUAACAUGGUCAGCACCGGGGGUCUGGCGUCUUUGGGAGCAGAGGGUGUGAUCGGAGAGCCUGUGGGACUGGAGACAGCCGGUCGAUCUGGGAGCCAGCUCCUGGAGAUGUUUAACAUUGGCCAGCAGCAGAUCUUCAGGCCCUCUGAAGAAGAAGGUGAAGAAGAGGAUGCAGAGAAUGCAGAGAAUGAGAUCCCUUCUCAAGGAUCAGCAGGCUGCUCUGGGUCUAAAGAGGACCACAAGGGUGGCUCAAGACUUGGGAGCUUCAGAGAGGAAGUGAUCACCAAAAAAGACCUUCUGCAGGGGACAGGGGGAGGGCUGAUCAUCACCAAGGACGGCCCUUCUUCAAUCAUAGCACCCCGGGCCUCUCCGGUCCACACAUGUGCUUACGCCUCUUCAUCUCAGGUGGCACCAGCUACACCUACUGAAGCUGAGGACUCCACACAGUUUGGUUUUGGACCCUUUGAGCUGCCACCUCAGUGGUUACCAGAGACCAGGAACAGCAAAAAGAGGCUGCUGCCUCCGCUGGGUAACACACCCGAGGAGCUGAUCCAGACCAAACUGCCCAGGCCGCGGCCUGAGCGGAGAAUCAGUAGAAACAACAAGGUCAGCACCAUCCCAACUGUGGACCCAUGAACUAUUCCUGCUGGCCUCUGAUCUGCAACACUGGACACAACUCAUUACAGGGUAGGCCUCUUGGGUCGACCAUGCCUUGGCAGGAUAUUGAUGAGUCAAGCUGCUCGGUGAGAUGCUUGGUUUGGUUAAUUUAAACCUUUUUUCAAAUUUUCUCAGACGGAGUAGUAGAAUUGUAGAAGUGCCUGAGGCACCGCAGUUUUCAUAUAAAAUAUUUACAAUGCUGUGAGAAAUGUUUCCAACUUUACCAAGACUUGGACUGAUCCAAUUCCUUUAUUAGGGACUUCUACAAUGGCUGCAUGAUAAUUGAGAAGGCAGAUGCCUUUUUGAAUCUCCUUGUUUUGAUUAUAGCUGGCAUCAUUAGUUAAAUGAACACACUGUACAAAUCCAAUUAUCCUGAGAGAUGCACUGAUACUGAAUAUUAUAUUUCCAUAGCAAAUAAUCAAGUGAGGAUAUUGAACCUACUAACAAAACAUUUUGUAAAAUGGUUAUGCUGUGAUUGCACUCUGUUAAUGAACACAUCUCUGUGUCAGUCCUUUCACUUAACUCUUUGUGGGACUGUUUUUUGUAGUCAUGUUUUACGUCAAGUUUUGGCAUUAACUCGCCCUUUGCUGGCCUUUUUUUGUCAUGGCUUACUUUUGGAAUAUUCACAUUUCUUCUAAUGUGGUAGAUGUUGUUAUGUGUACUUUAAUGUAAGUGGAUUUGAUAAAGAUAAAAAAAAUUUACUGUAUGCAAAUACUUAUUAUAAACAUGUGAACAUUUCAGAGUUUAACUGUGUGUUUAGACUUGUUUUCUAGAACACAAAGUGCAUCAAAUAGACAGAAAAAAAAAUUAAAGAGAAUAACCAAUAUGUUUUGAUAAGAAUAAGAAAGAAAGAAAAUCUAGGUCAGGCAUCUUUUAGUCCCCUUCGAUCAAUUUCUCUCAGGUUUCCUGACAAUCAAUUGCUCAAUGAAAUGUAAAAUCAAGCAAAUAACAACUGCAAGUGCAAAUUUUCAUAUCAGAAGCUCUGUAAAAUGGUUUUCAACUUUCAACUUCUCUGACUCUGAUACUGUCAACUCUGUCCCCUUUGUGAUUCAUAAUUCAAUAGUAGCAGCUUCACCCUAAAGCUUUGGGUGAGGUAAACAGAGUCGGGCUGCACUUCAAAUAUUUGUCAAGCCGUAACUUCCUUCGGGGGCUACCUACAAUCCCCUGCUAUGUCCACAAAGAACCUGAAUCUAUGCUGCGUUCUACCCAUGCUGUUAUCAGGCAAAAUUGUGCAGUCACGCCUGAUUGGAGACAGUAUCCAUUGCUACUGCUAAAAAGCGAGAAAGAGAUGAGUAAUAUGUGAUUAUGAUAUUAUACAUCUGCUUUGGUAAUGACUGUAUUAAGACGCUUAUUGCAGAAUACAGUAGCUUCUGCUAGACAUUCAAGGAAUUAAUUUAAAGAAUUCAAAGAAGAUCAUUGAUUUCUUUGGUGUGAGUGUUUAAGAAUACUCUGGCCUCGGGUCAUAUUUUCUACCUGAUUUGAAUCGAGGCUUAUUCAAACAAUCAAUAUUUUACUCCUAAAACCAUUAAGACCUUGACAACAGAGAUACAGUGCAGUAAUAUAAUACAGAUUGGAUUCACAUAAACUAAGUGAGUUUAAAACUCAUUGGGCAUUGAAUGGCACAAAAGACUUUUGUAACAUUUCAAGUGUUAAAGGGCCUUAAACUCAGCUUUUUACUACGUAUGGGAUCCUACAGGGACACGAAAUCUUCUGCCACAGUUUUGGUCAUUACACAUUCAAAUUCAUGUUUUUGUCGUUUUUCCCACUGGUUUGUAGUGGGUGGGUCUCAUUGGGGAUGAGAUGAUGUCAUGUAUUUCUGUGCACUAAUCAGAAUUUUUGUAACAUUUGAA